AUGGCGAUUGACGUGGACAAGGACGGCAGGGUUGGAUGUGCUUACUAUAUCGCGAUGGACCAAACCCUGGUACUCGAGGAAGACGUCUCCAUGGGAGGAGUUGCAACUGUCGACACGCUUCUGCUUCAGGUCCAGCCGACAUCCAUCAUCAUACCAAACAGGGCACCUGGUGACCUGAUCGAAUUCCUUGAGCGUGAUGCACACCGGUUUGACAACAACGAGAACUGGUUUGGUGGGCAAGGAGCGUAUGUUCUACGGUACAUAUCAUCUGCACAGUUCGACUACGAGGCUGGAAAGGAAGCGCUGGCUAAGGCCGAUCCCAGGCCGGCAAAGCCUGACCCUAUUGCAAUCUUAGCGGUAGGAGAAGAGCCCGUGCAAUCUCUCGGCUCCGCCGCCCAUAACAAACUCAUGCGUGUCGGAGAGAAGAUCAGCUUUGAGAGCUACCUGUCUGUCGGUUGCGCAGGAGCAGUUCUUACCGACCUUGAGCGGCGAAGAAGAGCCGAAGGCCUAUCUUCAGACGAGGAAGAGGACAUGGCGUUCUUAUUUUGUGUAAAAGACAUCAGGAUGAACACAGCCACAGACACUCUACUCGUGAGCGGUGACUCCCUGGUCUCCCUACAAAUCCUGCAGUCAGAAUUGCACCCCAACGUGCAAGCCCGGUUCUCAAACAGUUCCGAGCCCAAAGCGAAAGAGGCGCUCUCAGUCACAGGCCUUCUCCAAGCCCUUGCUUCCAGCGCCCAAGGCAAAAGGAGGCUCCGUCAGAUAAUCCUUCGGCCAACUACUGAUAUCAGACUGAUCCAGGAGCGACACAGGAGCAUUGAAGUUCUACUCCGCCCAGAAAACCAGGAAAUUGCGAAGAAUAUGCGGAUGCUUCUCAGAAAGGUGAAGAACGCCAAAACUUUGCUUCUCCAUGUAAAGAAGGGGUUCGCUAUGGUGUCCACCCAGUUGAAGCGGGCUGUCCACGCGUUGAAAGGGGUUUCCGAAGUCGACGUUUUCGAUAAGAUACGCAACGAAGUUGAUGUUAACCGCUUCUUGUAUCUCGGCGACAUUAUCAUGCGAACUAUCGACUUUCGGCUAUCCAAGGAGUCUGGCCAUGCAGAGAUUCACGCGGGAGCAAGCGAAUACCUCGACGGGUUGAGACGAGAAUUCGCAAAUGUUUGCCAUAUACUUCCCGAACUGAAGGAUUCCGUCGUCCGGGAGACUCCCAGAGAGGCGGCAAGGUUCAUCCGUCAUUGCACAGUCAUGCCGCAAAUAGGGUUUCUGGUCGCCACGGAGCUCGACCCCGAGACAGGUGAAGGCGCCUACCAUGGCCAAAACGACCCCGACAGUGAGUGGGUGAUGUGUUUCGUUAGCGAAGACAUGGGGUAUUACAAGAAUCGACUCAUGCUGGACCUUGACUCCCAAUACGGGGACCUCCUCUCCCGCAUCGCGGACGAGGAAAUCGAGGUGAUGAUGGCCCUAGCAACUGAAGUUAUGGAGCAUGAGGGGGCGAUCCUCCACGCGUCUGACCUCUUCGCAGAACUCGACAGUAUGCUCGCACUCGCCUUGGCCGCAGAAAAGUAUAAUUGGACGGCUCCUACAAUGACGACUUCGAAUGUGAUAGACAUCACCGGCGGCCGUCACCCACUCCAGGAACUUCUAGUGCCAUCGUACAUCCCCAACGACACUACGGUGGCCGGAGGCUGUGGCACUGGCGGGAUAGCAAUCAACGGUGGCAGAAUGGAACUAGCCCCUUCCAUGCUCAUCUUGACGGGCCCAAACAACUCAGGCAAGAGUGUGUACAUGAGGCAGGUCGCCCUCAUUGUGUACUUGGCACAUACUGGCAGCUACGUUCCGGCAACCUGUGCCACAAUCGGGGUGACAGACCGCAUCCUUACCCGCAUUGCUACGAGGGAGACGGUUGUUGAUGACGAAAGUGCCUUCUUGGUCGACCUGAAACAGGCUGCGUUCUCGAUGAAUUUUGCAACCCGCCGGAGCCUGUUGUUAAUCGAUGAGUUUGGGAAAGGCACCACCGCGGAGAGCGGCUCCGCUCUCUUAGCAGCAUAUCUUACCUACUUUCUGGACCUCGGCACGGAAAGCCCCAAGGUUCUUGCUGGUACUCAUUUCCACGAAGUGUUCGACAACGAGUUCCUCCGCUCAGGAAAGAAUAUCGCCUUUGCGCACAUGGAUGCCCGCCUCGACCCGGAAGCCGAGGACUUAGAGGAGCAAAUAACGUUCCUUUACCGGUUAGUGCCCGGCCGAGGUCCAUCGAGCCUAGGAGUAAUGUGCGCGGCAGUGAGUGAUGUACCGAGCAACAUCAUUAGGAGGGCUGAAGCCCUCGUAGCACUGCAGAACGAGAAUGAGAGCCUGCUAGAAGUUUGUUCUGGGUUAUCCGAGGAAGACAGGUUGGAGCUGAAACAAGCGGAGCUCAUCGCAAGAAAUUUCUUGGAGUUGCAAUUUCAAGGCCUGGGCCACGGAGAAGACGGCGGUGCUUCCAUCCGAGAGCUGUUACAGGCCAUAUUAGCACCAAAAGAAGAGGGUACAUCAAACAUGAUGGCGACGAAUUGCGACAGGUUUUAA